AUAAACGGUAAUAUUGUCGGCAGCCUUCGGCAGCGUGCAAACGUUGUUAAUACGUUUCUCGCAAACCCACGCGAUUUUAUGUUAACGACGUUUUAUCAAUGUAUACUGGGCCGGCCGCAAAUUGAUGUUAAAUAUAUAUUUUUAAUUCGCGUGACAUGUUUUUCAUGCAAGAGGAAAAAAAAGGUCAAAUACAUUUCCUACAUCAGUAGCUGUUAACAUGUUCCACUACAGUACACCAAGUACUGCUGUAGAGUAUUUUACAGUGCUACAAAAUUCACUUGGCAUUGUCGUCAGUACGGUAUAAAUGACAACGCAUGUAAAUAUCAUUAAUUACAACAAUUAAUGUUGCAAUUCGUGAUACUUUACACUCAUCAAAUGUGCCUUCGUUAAAUGUUAGUGUGUUAACAUCGCAAAGCCCGUCACGGCGAUGCGGUACCCGCUGUUAAAACGCACAGUUCAUAAAUAAAGACAGGGCUAUAUCAUUAAGGUUUAAUUAACUGUACGUAUCACAUUUCAUAGAUGGUACAGGGAUCGCGGCUUUAGAAUGUGUACAACAGAUCGGAGAGGGGGUGGCUUCUCAUUGGUCGAGCGCGCGUACGUAACGUGCGCGCUCGUAUUAUGAAUUAGUUAUCAUAUGAUUAACAUAAAGAGCGUCGCGAGCUGCAAUGCUUUUGCACCGCGACUCCCCCCUCAUUAGCAUGUAACUAACAUAAAUUAUGUUAAUGAUCGCGGAAGCGCGCCCGGGUACAACUGCACGUGGCUGGCAUGACGGCUUCACUGGUUUGCGAAAGCACAUCGUGCCGGGUGAGCUCCGUCCUGAAUCGAGACGGGAAACAGUUCGGCAAGAAGCAUCUGUUCGACGGCAACGAAGAAACGUGCUGGAACUCGGACCAGGGUGCCCCCCAGUGGGUGAGCGUGGACUUCCCGCAGCCUGUGCGAGUGAGCGAGCUCCACGUUCAGUUCCAGGGUGGUUUCUCUGGAAAACAUUGCCUGCUUCAAGGUUUUGUUAAAGACGACCCGUCAAAGACCCUGAUGGAGUUUUACCCGGAAGACGUCAAUUCUACGCAAGUGUUCCAAGUGCCCCCAAGUGAACCCAUCCACAAGCUCAAGCUGAUUCUCUGCAGCUCCACGGAUCUGUUCGGUCGCAUCGUUAUUUACAGGUUGGACGUUCGGGGAGAGAAGGCGUGAAUCACUGCCAGAAACAUCUUGUUUUUUUUUUUUGGUCGGCAUCAAGAUCAAGAUAUCACGGCCGAAGCCGAUGGUGCCACCACCGACGCUUCCUUCCGCUCCGCCAGAUGCCACAGCUGUUGCGCAGUAGAUGCGCGACUUCCAUGGUAUCUCGCCGUCUGCCGUCUGAUUUUCCCGAGGAUGGCCGGGCUCGUAGCGACCACGCCAAUGCCUCUCUCUGUAACGGCCCCUACGCCCAUCCUGCACACACGUCCCAUCAUGCGCAGCCUUUAUUCUGCAGAAUCGUAUAUACAACACUUAACCCUGUCCCGUCCUGGUGACGUAUGUGUACGUACGUGUACGUCACUGGAAUGUAACCGGAAGAAAAAUAUAAUUUACUUUAUCGGUACUGAAGCUCCCACAAGGCCAUGCGGGAGGGCAUGUGGCACAGUUCGGCGCCGGCAUUCGUCGAGUGCAGUCGUGUUGCUACGGUUCUCCACGGUGAGUAACAAUGUCUUUAAAAACAACGGUGGCGCUUGCGCGUUCCGAGAUUCAGCGGUGAACGGAACACGCCACCCUGCAACUUGCAGUCGCCUCGCAACGGGAGAGGGUUAACUGCCACCUGCCAUGUUCGCUUGUGAGACAUCCCGGGAAAAUACCGCUCAAAAUGCUGCUCGAUUGUUAGCAUGCUCACUGCUGAGCAACGAGUAAGCAGAGUCGAUGCUUCAAUUCCUGCCACAGCCAUCUCCGUGGAUUUUCAAAUACUUUGUUGGAGGUGUGUUUUUUUCUGCCGGUCAUAUUGCAAUUGUGCUAUUGGCAUCGUGUGACUUGUGGAAGACACAGGGUGCUUCAAAUUUUGUUUUAACACUUGUAUGGAACUAUCGUUUUUAAUGGAAAAAGAACGGAUAACGCACUGUAACAUGAUAACAAAUGUAAUGUUAAUA